AAUAACACUAACUUUUGAGUAUCACCUCUUAAGUUCACAUACUAUACUUGAUUCUUGAAUAUUGGACUAAAAUUUUCUUGCCAUAAAAAUGGCUGCCUUGACACGUGUAUCACCUUACCAAUGCCAUAAAUUAAGUUUGGUAAAUCAUAGACAUCCAGAGUUGUCCUCACUUCUAGCAACUACCUCAUCAUUUGUUUCAUUUCCAAAGAAAAACAAGAAAUUUAGCAAAUUCUCAGUUUUGGCCAUGGCUGAUUUGAACACAAGCACUGUUCUUGUUACUGGUGCUGGUGGCAGAACUGGAUCAAUUGUUUAUAAGAAGUUGAAGGAGAGGUCAGAGAAAUAUACAGCGAGAGGAUUGGUUAGAACGGAGGAAAGCAAACAAAAAAUUGGCGGUGCCGAUGAUGUUUAUAUUGGUGAUAUCAGGGAUACUGAGAGUAUUAUUCCUGCCAUACAAGGUAUUGAUGCUCUUGUUAUUCUUACAAGUGCUGUGCCAAAAAUGAAGCCUGGGUUUGAUCCAACUCAAGGUGGAAGACCGGAAUUCUAUUUUGAGGAUGGGGCAUACCCUGAACAGGUAGACUGGAUUGGCCAGAAGAACCAAAUAGAUGCUGCUAAAGCUGCUGGUGUGAAGCAGAUCGUGCUAGUUGGGUCAAUGGGAGGGACAAAUCCUAACCACCCCUUGAACAGUAUUGGAAACGGAAAUAUACUGGUCUGGAAGAGAAAGGCUGAACAAUACUUGGCUGACUCUGGUAUUCCUUACACAAUUAUAAGGGCUGGAGGAUUACAAGAUAAAGAAGGUGGUAUUAGGGAACUACUUGUAGGAAAGGACGAUGAACUUCUUCAGACAGAAACAAGAACCAUUGCCAGGGCUGAUGUUGCAGAAGUUUGCAUUCAGGCACUUGAGUAUGAGGAAGCUAAAUUUAAGGCACUUGAUCUGGCCUCAAAACCUGAGGGAACUGGCACACCGACCACAGAUUUCAAGGCUCUAUUUGCACAAAUCAGUGCUCGUUUCUGAUAUACCGCUCACCAUGACUAUGUCCGAAUUUUCAUCACUCUAUUAUUCCAACAUUUGUUCAAAAGUGAGGCUAAAACCUUAAGGUAGAUAAGGCAUCUGAGUUUGGUUGUACCAUUGCCCGUCCCUCCCCCUUCCCCCCGCGCAGCAGCUAACUUCACUGAUCCCAUUGACUUGCCAAUAGGUUCUGUGGCAACAUCAUAUUUUAUCAAUUCAAUGGCACAAUGGAGGAUUAUAUCAUGUGCCUUUGUACAUCUAUCUGAUGCUUGGGGGAAGGCAAUAGACUCAAUAACCAUUUUUGAACUAGUGCAAGAGGACACUAUAUACUUGCUUCCAUUGCAUGUUUCACCAAGUAAUAUUUCAUCUUUAUGGUUAUUA